AGGCAGCGCGAGGCUGGGCGGGGCGUCUCUCUGCCUGCCUCCCUCCCUCUUUGUGCCCGCGCCGGGGAGAGGAGCGGCGGGGCCGGGGGUGCUUUUCCUCCGUCGCCGGGCGGCCAGGGGCAUGAGUGGGAGCUGGGGGCUGCGCGGCCCGGGCCGCGCCUGGGCGCGGUGCAAGCAACAUGGCUGCGCGCGGCUGGCGCUAGGAGGAGGCGCUCGGGGCUGAAGCCUCCCCCGGCCGCUGCGGCCUGGAGCGGGGCGCGGCGAGGCCACAAGUUGCCGGAGCGGCUGGGGAGGGCGGGAGGCGGCGCUGCGCGGGCCGGGCCGGGCCGGGCCGGGCGAGGGGGACCAGCCGCCUCCGCUGCCAGGUCCGCGCGGGGGGAGGCGCCGCGCGGCCGGCGCGUGUCUGCCGGCAGGACAGGGCGGGAAGCGGGGCCCGGCCCGGCCCGGCUCGGCUCGGGCGGCAUGCUGCGGGGCUGCGGGCGGCCGGGAGGGGAGGAGACAAGCCGCCUGAGCCGCUGCUCGUGCGGAGCGGCCCCGUGCCCAGCCGUGGCGGCGCUGGGGUAGGCGGUGGAGAGUAACCGCCCCCGGCCUGCGCGUCCCGGCGGGAGGGAGGGAGGGAGGGCGGCGCGGCGCGGCCAUGGAGCCCAAGCACAAGGAGCUGCUCGCGCAGUGCCGGCCCGCGUUGGCUCAGGCCAUGAGCGAGGUGGACGCGGUGGUGGAGCUGCUGCAGGCGGCCGGCGCCCUCGGCCCCCGCGACCUGCUGGAGCUGGAGGAAGCCGGGGCGGGAGCAGCCCCCGGCAAGGCCGAGCUGCUCCUCAAGCUGCUGCUCGCCAAGGAGCGGGACCACUUCCAGGACCUGCGCGUGGCCCUGGAGAAGACGCAGCCCCACCUGCUCUCCAUCCUCUACCUGAAUGGGGCGGCGGGCGCACCGGCCGGCGAGGCGGCGGGGUCCACUUACAGUGUGCUGUCUAUAAUGCCAUCUGAUUCAGAAAGCAGCAGUUCUCUAAGUAGCAUUGGUACGACAGGCAAAGCAUCGUCCCCACCUCCUGUUUUAGACACAAGGCAGAUGAGUGAGAAACUAGAGACUAUUUUAUUUCAGCUACGCCAAGUGACCCGUGAGAGGGAUGAGUUGCGAAAGCGCCUUGCACUUUCAUCUCCCGGCUCAACCUUUGAUGACUGCAGACCCAGCCCUAAACCAAAUCACGAUUAUGAAAGAUUGAAAAUACAGUGCAUGAAGGCCAUGUCAGAUUUGCAGUCUCUACAGAAUCAACAUACCAAGACGCUAAAAAGAUGUGAAGAAGCUGCCAAAGAGGCAGAUUUUUAUCAUACAUUGCAUAGUCGACUGCUGAGUGACCAGUCACAGCUGAAAGAGGACAUGGAUACCUUGAAGAGGAAGAACACACAGUUAGUACGAGAGCAUAACCAUCUCCAGCAAUCAUGUGAGGAAAUGAAGAGACUUCAUGAUGAGGAUCAAAAAGAGAUAACGGACCUACGUAGCCAACAACAGCAGGUUAUGAAACAAAAUGGCUCAUCGGAGAUACUAAAUAAACUCUACGAUACAGCAAUGGAUAAACUGGAGGGUGUAAAGAAGGAUUAUGAUGCAUUAAGGAAACGGUACAAUGAGAAAAUAGCAAGUCACAAUACAGACCUUAGCCGUCUAGAACAGGCAGAGGAGGAAAACAGACGCCUUCAGAAGCAGAUCGAUAUGUUAAUGAAGCAGAGAGAUACAGCAAUACAUUUCCAGCAACAGUAUUCCUCUUCUCUUAGAAGGUUUGAGUCAGUACAACAGGAGCUAAGCAAAUCCACUGUGCAGAACAAGGAGAUGCAGAGGGAGAUGGAGCGAUUACAGUCAGAGGUGACACGGUUCAAAACAAUGCAGUUGAAGGCAACAAAGGAUGCAGAGAAGUACAAGGAAGAGAGAGACUCUGUUUUCAAUGAGUAUCGCCUCAUAAUGAGUGAGAGAGACCAAGUAAUCAAAGAGGUGGAUAAACUUCAAACUGAGCUGGAGCUUGCAGAGUCCAAACUGAAGAAUACUUCUUCAGAGAAAAGAGUGGCUAGUGAAGAAAUGGAAGCCCUAAGACAGGAGUUAAACUCGGCUCUAGUGGAACGAGAUCGAGCAAUUUGUGAGAGGAAUGAGUUGCUGGAAAAGUACUGUCAUGAAGUGAAGGACAAGGCUGAGGCCCAGAAGGAACUUGAUCAAGCUUGCAAGGAUAUAGAGACAGUGAAGGAAGAAAGAGAUGUUGCCAGGAAAGAGAGAACAGAGGCUAUCAUCCAGAGAGAUCAUCUUCUAAGGGAAUAUUAUCAAGCUCGUCAGAUACAAGAUUCUGCUACACUGGAUAUAGAACGAGCUAACAAAGAAAUUGAAAUGCUUCGGAAGCAAUAUGAGGCAAUGUCACAAGAGCUAAAAGAAGCUGUGCAAGAAGCAGAAGUAGCUAAAUGUAGGAGAGACUGGGCCUUUCAAGAGCGAGACAAGAUAGUUGCAGAAAGAGAGAGCAUACGGACUUUGUGCGACAACUUGAGGAGGGAGAGAGACAGGGCUGUAAGCGACUUGGCUGAAGCUCUCCGCAACCUGGAUGAUAUGAGAAAGCAAAAAAAUGAUGCUGUCCGUGAAUUAAAGGAACUCAAAGAGAAGAUGGAGAACCAGUUGGAAAAAGAAGCCAGAUUUAGGCAGUUAAUGGCCCACAGUUCUCAUGAUUCAGCCAUAGACACAGAUUCUCUGGAAUGGGAAACAGAAGUGGUUGAGUUUGAAAAAGACAGAGAGGAUAUGGAUUUAAAAGCACUUGGUUUUGAUGUGGCAGAGGGUGUGAAUGAACCAUACCUCCCUGGAGACUGUGGGAUAUUUGUUACCAAAGUAGACAAAGGAAGCAUCGCGGAUGGUCGAUUGAGGGUAAAUGACUGGCUCCUGAAGAUAAAUGAUGUGGAUCUUACUAAUAAGGAUAAGAAACAAGUUAUAAAAGCUGUACUUAAUGGAGGAGGAGUUAUUAAUAUGGUGGUGCGAAGAAGAAAGUCCUUAGGAGGGAGAAUGAUAACACCUCUGCAUAUCAAUAUAGCUGGCCAGAAAGAUAGUGGAAUCAGUCUAGAAAAUGGACUGUUUGUUGCUGCUCUUGUGCCUGGUAGCCCAGCUGCCAAAGAGGGGUCCCUUACUGUGGGAGACAGAAUAAUUGCUAUUAAUGGCAUUGCACUAGAUAAUAAAUCGCUGACUGAAUGUGAAGCUUUGCUAAGAAACUGUAGGGAUUCUCUUACACUUUCAUUGAUGAAGGUUUUUCCUCAGAGCUCAUCUUGGAGUGGUCAAAACAUAUUUGAAAACCUGAAAGAUUCAGAGAAAAUAUCAAAUGGUAGGGUUCAUACAUCAGAGAUACAAGCUCAAAAUAAAAGAAAUCUGAAACUCAACAGUUCAACGCAAACGGACAUUUUCAAUCCAGAAAUCCUGGAUGGCAAGAAGGACCAGAGUGACCAGGGUAGUGGUUCGUUUUGUGAUCACAAGCCCUUUUCCAAUAGUGCUUUACGAGCAGACUCUCACAGGAGCAUGGUGCAUGGUUGCCACAGUAAUUCAGAACAUAGUCUCAGUUCCUUUAAUCCAGAUGCCUAUGGGGAGCGAGGCUAUGCAAUUGUUGACUUGGAGAACAGAAGGUUGCCAUUUGAGCCCACAGGAGAUGACUGCAUCAUGGUUGAGACCACAUUAGACAAAGGCCAUGGAGCUAAGCAUAGCGGUGGCACUUGGCCCAAAGUGAUGGUAAACAUUUCAACAGUAGAAACAGAAAAGUUCUCUGUGUAUAAAAAGCCAAAACAAAGGAAAUCUAUCUUUGAUCCUGACACUUUCAAAAGACCACAGACUCCUCCCAAAUUGGAAUAUCUCUCUCCCAAUCAAAUGUCAGGCCAUUCGCCUCAGCCCUCAAAAAUGGAAGUUGGGUCAGCUCCUCCAACACCUCCCAAAAGAAGUGAUUCUAUUAAGUUUAAACAUAAACAGCAGACGAGUUCUGCAUCAGACUCUACUGUAACAACUGGAUCCCCACCUACCAGUCCAGCUACUGUCCAAGCACCCGUUCCUUUGGCACUUAAGCAGGAUUCUGCCACUCACAAGGGGCACAGUAGGAACGCUGGGCAUUAUUACCGGGAGGAGGGAGUUGACUGUGCUCAUCUGUCCUCAAGAAAAUCCUGUGAAGAUGACAUUGGCUUUCAAAGAGUUGAAGAGCCAGAGAUGAAAAGGCCAAGACCAAAAUCUGCUCCUGCUUUGAGGCAUAAAAUGACCCCUGUGCCCAUCCCUAAUCCGUCACUUCAGGUACAGAAAUACUGUCCAGCCAGCGAAGAACAUCUGUCUCCAGACCUCCAGGAGUGGGCACCAUAUUCACCAAAACGUUCCACUAGGCAUAGCGAUGGUUUUGCACCUUCUUCCUUGUAUGCUGGAGGCAUGUCAGCAGGUACUGUACCAAGAAGUUUGGCACCAUGUCCUGCAGUAACUGCUGUCAUGAGAAAUCCAAUUUAUACUGCUUGGAGCCAUAGAGUUCAUACUAACAAUUGUCCAUCUGUUGCCAGCCAAAUCUGCCAUCAGCAUCUCCAUCCCAGUGCACAGCACCAGGGUCGCCUGAGUUUGGACCUCAGUCACAAACACUCCAGUGAUUAUUCUGAAAAUUCACGUACAAGAGCAUCACAUGGUUCAAAUUCAUUACCUUCCAGUGCAAGACUCGGUUCUUCCACCAAUUUGCAGUAUAGAACGGAAAGAAUUAAGAUCCCUUUAACACCACGGUAUCCAAGGUCCGUCAUAGGUUCUGACAGAGGUUCCUUGUCACAUUCUGAAUGUAGCAGUCCCAGCCUUAUAACUCCUCCACAGUCGCCUCUUAACCUUGAGACAUCUUCCUUUGCCAGCAGCCAGUCACAGAACUCCCUUUCUACACUACCAAGGAUUUCUAUUAGCCCAGUAUCAAUUGGAGAACGUAGAAAAGAUAGGCCAUACAUGGAAGAACCACGCCAUGUUAAAGUGCAGAAAGGUUCUGAGCCAUUAGGGAUUUCCAUUGUGAGUGGAGAAAAUGGUGGGAUAUUUGUCUCUAAAGUAACUGGAGGGAGCAUUGCCCAUCAAGCUGGCCUCGAGUAUGGUGAUCAGUUACUGGAGUUUAAUGGAAUAAAUCUGAGAAAUGCUACAGAGCAGCAGGCUCGACUGAUCAUUGGACAGCAAUGCGACACCAUUACUAUUCUGGCUCAGUACAACCCACAUAUGUAUCAGCUUGGCAAUCACUCACGAUCUAGUUCUCGACUAGAACCAGUGAGCAAUCAUUCCACACCGCAAGGCAGUGGAGCUGCAACCCCUGACAAUCAUUCCAUAAUUGAUACUGUGAGUGAACAGGAUGAAGGAACAAUGACGCCUCCAUCCAAGCAAACCACACCAACUACUAGUCCCCGGAAUUCCAUAAGGGUCCCUAUGGAUGCAAACAAAAGGACCCGUGAACCUAGGAUCGUAGUCAUUAAAAAAUCCCAAGUUGAUCUUGGAAUCCAAAUAUGUGGUGGAAACCUACAUGGAAUAUUUGUGUCAGAUGUAGAUGAUGACAGCCCAGCAAAAGGACCUGAUGGGCUAGUUCUGGGAGACAUAAUUCUUGAGUAUGGAUCUGUUGAUAUGCGAAAUAAAACAGCUGAGGAAGCCUACCUUGAAAUGCUGAAGCCAGGAGAAAAUAUCAGAAUAAAGACUCAGUUCAGAAUAGAAGAAUACAACAAGAUAAAAGAGUUACCUGGAGAUGGAUUCUAUAUCAGGGCACUUUAUGAUCGACUGGCAGAGGUAGAGCAGGAUUUAAGCUUUAAGAAGGAUGACAUUUUGUAUGUUGAUGACACGCUGCCACAGGGCAACUUUGGCUGCUGGAUGGCCUGGCAGCUAGAUGAGAAUGCUCAAAAGCUGGAAAGAGGACAGAUCCCCAGCAAAUACAUGAUGGACCAGGAGUUCUACAGGAGACACAGCAUGUCUGAAGCUAAAGAUGAAAACAGUUCCACAAAGACAUUGUCAGCAGCAGCUCGAAGAUCAUUCUUUAGAAGAAAACAUAAACACAAGCGAAGCGGUUCCAAAGAUGGAAAGGAUUUACUGGCUCUCGAUACAAUCAGUACAGACUCCAUUCCUUUCAUGGAUGACUCUGUGAGCCUGGCUUACCAGCGUGUACAGAAGGUGGAUUGUACCUCUCCAAGGCCUGUGCUUAUUCUAGGGCCAUUACUUGAUGCCGUGAAAGACAUGUUAGUCAAAGAAUCUCCUGGGAAAUUUUGCAGAUGUCCUCUUGAGGUGAUGAAAGCUUCCCAACAAGCUAUUGAACGGGGAGUAAAGGAUUGUCUGUUUAUAGAUUACAAACGGAGGAGUGGUCAUUUUGAUGUGACAACUGUAGCUUCAAUAAAGGAGAUAACAGAGAAGGACUGUCACUGUUUGCUGGACAUCGCUCCUCAUGCCAUUGAGCGGCUCCACAGUGUUCAUAUCUACCCUAUUGUCAUCUUCAUUCGCUAUAAAAAUGCUAAGCAAAUCAAAGAGCAAAAAGACCCGAUCUUUCUGAGGGACAAAGUUACACAAAAACAUUCCAAAGAACAAUUUGAGACAGCUCAGAAAAUAGAACAGGAAUACAGCAAGUACUUCACAGGUGUUGUCCAGGGAGGAGCCCUUUCAAGCAUUUGCACUCAGAUUAUGACAACUGUCGAUCAAGAGCAAAACAAAGUCCUGUGGAUUCCAGCUGGCCUGCUGUAGAUAUUUGCUGUGAAGCUAUUCUCCAGAUGUAAAUAGCAAUUAACCUUUUUCCAAUGGACACAUCAUUUAUGUCUUUAUAGAGAUAUAAAUGAUUGCUUUUCAUGAAGGGGAAUGAUACACUGAACACAAACAAAAUCAACAAGGUGUGUAGAAGGGAUAGCUCUUUAUCAGAGAACAUUGUCCUGCAUAAAAACUGCAGGAUGGGCUAUAACCUAGGUGUACCUUUUCAUAAGAGGUGAAUAUAGUAAUGCUGCGAAAUAACCCUCUAGAAUGACGUUUACAAAAACCUUUUCAAAGUAUUUGGUUGUUGAUGUUUACUUGAAUGACCUUUAUUUUUUUUAAGUCUGUCUUCUUUCCCCUAAUGAGACAACUCUCCAAAAUGGAGUGAAGUUUCCACAAAUAAAUGGAUUUGCAGGCAAUGUGAUUCUACCUUGCAGUUCUGACCUUUUCCGAGCGCGUUGUUGACAUGACUACUGGGUAAUCAUGCAGGGUUUGUGAUCAGUACAUCUUGGGAGUGAGCUCAGAAGGAAGAGCCCUCCUUCCCAGGGCAGACCACUGUUUGUAGUCUAUGAAAGUUUAUCUGUCAAAGAUACUGUUUUUGUUUUAUGCAUGGAUCUAAUAUUUAAACUUUGUAAUAUAUCUGAUCAAUCUGAACUUAGUAUGUGUUUAGAAAUAUUUUUUGGUUGUUGGGCCUAGUCAAAGCAAUGUUGGGGAGAGUCGAUAGCUAGGCCUAGCAUGCUGUGUUUGUCACUUUUAGAUACUGUAAAUAUUGAAAGCAAAUGUUGGUGCAAUUUUGCAGGGUAAUUCUUAAGCUUUGUACUUCAGUGUGUAGCAUUCACAUAGAUUUGUAUUUAAUAUAAGAGCAGUCACCGUUUUAGGUCUUUGAAUGAGAGCCUUUAGGGAGGUACGUUAAUUGUUAGUGUUUUCACUGUCAACAAGUAAGCGAUCAUUUAGUUUUGUUGCAAUACUCUUUUACCUGUUGAACCAAACUUCAUGAUAUUGGUUCCUUUUUUGUUUUUGCACUUCUGAGUCUGUGUUUCUAACGCAGGGUUUGUUUUCUAUCUUUUCAUUAACUGUCAUGUUCGUAGGUACUGUACUUAAAUUGUUAUUUGAAGUAUCAUUUAAAUAGGGCUGUUUCUCAGUGACUGUUCCUAACAUUUCAUUAUGUAGCAAGAAGUAUUUUCUUUUAUGAGUUUUACCCAACAGUCUGUAGUUUUUCUUUUAUUUGCUGGGGGGGGUUUAAUUAAAAAGGGAUUCUUCUUGCACAGUUCUUCAAAGAAAAAAUUGGUCCUAAAAUUUAACUUCUGUUUUACAAGUACUAUUUUAUAGCUCAAAAUACUAAAGAAAAGAAAUGUAGGCAAUGAAUGGAUGAAUUAUUAGUCAAAGUACUUUUCAUGGUGAGGGACAGUGGUUAUUUUUUUUAAGUGCGGUCGGAAUGGACUCCAGUGGUACAGAUAAAACAGACAGGUACUGUUCUGGCUUGGACUUUCUGUACUAAAAAUAAACAUGUCACUUUGUAUCAAUAAAAGGUAAAGAAACUGA